GUCUACUGAAGACGAAGCACCUACUUAAGGUACUACCUUACCUUACCUAAGGUACUCAUCCAGCGGUUCGCCAGUAGCACGAUAACGUCGAAGACUACAAUCGCCAGGAAUUGCCCAUCAUGUCUCUCUCACGACACGUCGACCCCGAAGACAUCAUCCACCAUCUCCAAGACCUGCGCAUGCCCUCCUCGCAGGCCACCAGCAGCAGCACCGGCGGCCAACAACAGACCCUGCAGCACCUGACGCCCUUCUCCACGCCCUAUGCCAGCCAGCGCGACAUCCCCAAGUACCAGAUCCCUCGGGAGGGGGCGCCCGGCGACACCGUGUACGAGAUGCUCAAGGAUGAGCUGGACCUUGACGGCCGCACCAACCUAAACCUGGCCAGCUUCGUCGACACGUAUCUCGAGGAGAACGCGCAGAAGCUGAUGGUGGAGAACGCGGGCAAGAACCUGGCCGACAACGACGAGUACCCCGCCAUGCUGGCUAUUGCCAACAGAUGCGUCUCGAUCCUGGCGCAUCUGUGGGGUGUGCGGAAGGGAGAGAGCGCCGUGGGAUCGCCGACGGUCGGGUCGUCGGAGGCGAUCAUGCUGGGGGGGUUGGCAAUGAAGCGGCGGUGGCAGGAACGGAGGCGAGCGGCUGGGAAGGAUACGCUCAAGCCGAACAUCAUCAUGGGCGCCAACGCUCAGGUCGCGCUGGAGAAGUUUGCGAGAUACUUUGAAGUGGAGGCAAGGAUCCUGCCGGUGUCGAAGAAGAGCAAGUUCUGCCUGGACCCGGAGCUGGUGAGGGAGAAUGUCGAUGAGAACACGAUUGGCGUGUUCGUGAUUCUGGGGAGCACGUACACGGGGCAUUUCGAACCAGUGGAGACGGUGUCGAAAAUGCUCGAUGAGUACCAGGAGAAGACGGGAAUUGACAUCCCGAUCCACGUGGAUGCGGCUAGUGGCGGUUUCGUGGCGCCGUUCACGCAUGCUGGGGCAGGCGGCCAGAAGUGGAACUUUGAGAACCCUCGGGUCGUUUCGAUCAACGCCUCAGGCCAUAAGUACGGCCUCGUCGCCCCCGGCAUCGGUUGGAUCAUCUGGCGUGACAAGGCCUGUCUGCCAAAGGACCUCAUCUUUGAGCUGCACUACCUCGGCGGCACCGAGGAGUCUUACACGCUCAACUUCUCGCGCCCCGGUGCACAAGUCAUUGUGCAGUAUUACAAUCUCAUCCAUCUCGGCUUCAACGGCUACCGCGAGAUCAUGGAGAACUGCCUCGCCAACGCGCGCAUCCUGUCCAAGAGCCUUGAGGCCACGGGCUGGUACACGUGCCUCAGCGACAUCCAUCGACCCGCCCCGGAGACAACUAACACCGCGGAAGCGGCCGCGGCAGCUGUCAAAGGCGCAGUCAGCAGCGCCGUAGGCCGCACGGAGGAAGCCGGGCCGGGCCCCGAAACCUCGGCGGCAUACGUCGCCGGUCUCCCUGUAGUCUCGUUCCGCUUCUCCGACCAGUUCCGCCGGGAGUACCCGCACAUCAAGCAAGAAACGGUCUCCCUGUUGCUGCGCGCGCGGCAGUGGAUCAUCCCCAACUACGCGCUGCCGCCCAACGAGUCCGACACCGAGAUCCUGCGGGUCGUGAUCCGCGUCAGCAUGAGCUUCGAUCUGCUGGACCGGCUGGUGGCCGAUAUUGUGCAGGUGACGGAGCAGCUGAUGGAGAAGGACGAGGUUGAUCUGUUGGGCGUCCUGCAUGAGCAGAAACAUCGGAGGAAGCCGGUCACGAAGGAAGAGAGGGCGGAGAAGGAGAAGAAGAGGGAGGAGAGGAAGCACAAGGGUGGAACAAUGGGCGGUGUGAAGGAGGCAGGAAAGGACGUGAAGAAGCGCAUGGAGGACGGGAUCCAUCGGACGGUGUGCUAAGGAUGGAUGGUGCUGUGCCGGGUGAGAAGGCCCGAGUCGCCAAUGCGUUUAACCUUCUUUCCUUAUUGCAUUUCUUCCCCUGGACAAUA